UGAUAAAAUGAGAAGACGGAAAUUAAAUAAUGAGAAUCGAAGCAGCGGAAGGCGUAAACACCUGCCCCCGAGACAAUGGAGCGUUCCAGAAAGAGAAGACAACAAUGACUACAAUAGGGAACCACAGACUACAAUAGAGAGGAAUAUUGACGUUGCUGAACCAUUCAGAUUGAUUCAGAAAGCAUACUCUUUGUGUUGUGAAGACCCUCUCAGCAGUUCACGUUCUUCUUUAAUGGGCUCUCCACACUCUCCUCUUUCAAUUUCUUCACACAAUUGCUUUAACAAUGGAUCUACGAUUUUGUUUGGAUUUGUUACCUGUCAAUCUACUUCUGCUUCUUCCCCAAUAAACGCCUCACUUUAUUCAUUUUGGGAGAAGUUUGCCUUAGAGGGUGAUUGGGCGUUGAAUUCUGAAAUUUAUUUUCUUCGAUGCGUUGAUUCUGAACCGAAACUCCCGUUUGUCUACUAUGCAAAUUUUUCUCCUCUUUCUGAUCAUGAGCAACAUAUAAACAAUUUGGGAGAAGCAUUGGUGGAUGUUGAAGAUACAAGAAUCCAAUUAGGUUGUUAUGAACAACUUUAUACAUUAGAAAGAGCGGCCUCUCCAUCGCCCGUCAAUAAAAAUUCUUUAAAACACCAAGGCUUUAUUUUCAUAUUUUUUCGCCUUUUGGGAGAGAAUUGUGCUUCGUCUAAUGCAGAUUUGGAAAGUAGAUGGUUAGACUGGACUGGGGCUGGACAGAUUUACAAGUAUUCUCCGCGUUGUUGGGACCUUCAAAAAGUUUGUCUGUUAAAAAGUAUUGGGCAGUCAACAACAACAUCAACACCUUUUGUCUACAUUCUCCUUUGUGAAUUUAAUUCCAUUUUGCAUCCAUCCAAUACUAUAGCGGCGUUGGAUUUUUGUGAAAGGCUGAGAAGUCGAAAUUGUGGAUUUGUUGCUCUAUAUAAGGUGUCUCAAAGUCAUUGCCCCUCUCAAAAACAACAUCCCUACCAACAACAAAAAUCAUUUGACUAUCAACCACAAAAAGAAACAAAUCUUUCCCCCAAUUGGCCAUUACAACAACAAUAUAGAAGACAACAACUUGGAAGAAUGGGUCGCUCCCAUGAUGAACGUGUAAGUAUUGGAGCUAGGAAAGAAUCACAACAACACUCUCCACCAUCUCCUCGUCCAAUUUCUCAUAGGGAAAAUGAAAAAGGUCAUUCCCAGCAGUCUUUAAACGAUAGAGGAGGGACUGAAAGACUUCGCCGUCUAAUUUGGGCUAGAGAACAACAACAUUCCUUAGGUUGGGAUCAGCAACAACCCCAACAAUGGUUCGGACAAACAACAAAUGGAACGUUACUUUAA